AUGGCCUUCAAGAACGGGCUUAGUGAACGCCUCGACGAGCUGCGAUUUCCCUCCCCCAGAUCGCCUCCGUCCGAAUCGACCUUCCCCGGUUAUAGUCCUCUGUCUCCUAGCCAUUCGAACUUCGUGUCCGCAUUUUCGCGCCCCUCGGGCGAUGUCCGAGCGAACCUCCAACGUCGAUUUACCACGGACUCUAGCAAGCUCUCGUCCUGGAACUACCUAAAUCAGGUCGGCAAUGUCGGCAAUGUCACUCAAGUGCCGGACCCCAUAGACCUCCUGUCAUCUUUUGAGAAGAAGCGCCAGCAUAUAGAGUACAUGCGUGAGCAGAAACGCAGGUUCGAAGAAGAUAUGAAACUCCUGGAUCUGCAGCACGAGAGAGAGAAGCAUGAAAUGGACCAGCUAGCGAAGGAUCUCGCCAAAGCGGGCUUGUCGGGCCCGGUCAGCGAGCCAACUACUCCUCCCGAGUAUCGUGAGAACCACAUUCCGGCUGGAUUCACUCGGCCCACCCGCUUCUCGACCUCCAGCGUGACCUCCUCUCCGGGGUUCUUCAACGUCUUUGCGCCUUCCCAGGUGUCUAGCCCUCCAAGCCAGCAGAUGAACCACACUUCUUCUCACCCGCCGGCUGGUCGUUUCUCGGUGCACUCGGUGCCUGGGUCUCGUAGAAACUCGGAGAAAGAAGAUUUCGGUCCGGAGCCCACUUCUCCAUUUCGACCUGGUCCUUCUAUUCACCGCUAUUCAAUGCCCUCCGCGGGGAUGGGCUCUCAGGCACGCCCUAAUGUCUCGGGCUUCAAUGGUUCCUCCGGCCUGGAUUCCUUCAAUGCCGCCAAGUAUCUCUUCCACAACGAAGACGACACGGGAACUCCCAAGGAAGACGAUCGAAUUCCUACCCCUGACAUCAAGUCCUACCUCAAGAUGACCGACCCUGACGAGAAGUUUCCUACUCUGUCCAGAAGAGAUGACUCUGGCUUGCUGUCUGCCAACCCCGUUGCUCUUGACCUGGCUAACUCCCGUACUCCCAACCCGGAGACUUGGAACUCGCACAAUCGCCACCGGUCUACCCAUCAAAGCAUGCCGCAGCACUCUUUGAACAUGUUCCGUGUUGAGAACGAGAACCAGUCCAACCCGUCCAAUGCCUCUCGUCACGCUGCCAGACAUUCCCUGGAGAAUAACAUCCUCUACAGUAGUGAGGGAAGCCAGGAAAGCAUGAUCACCCCUGCCUCCAGCCGCCCCAUGUCUCUCCAGUCCUCCUACUCGACCAAUGAUCUCCCGACGGUCAAGGGCGAUGGCUUCAACCCUGCCAUCACACCCCCCAAAACCCAUGCUGAGCAAUUCCACCAUCACAAUGCCAGCCUGGGCCGCAUCCCUGUGAAUGCAGUGAACUCCCGUCCGCAAAAGGAUUCGCCUGAGAGGGAGGAACCCAAACUACACACUUCCCGGCCCUCCCAAACCACCCUGCAGGCCAAUGCUACGCCCUUUGGUCCCCAACUGACGUCGGCCCCCUCGGGUGCUAGCACCAUGUCUCCGACUUCGCUCCCCGCCUUCCAGAACCCGUUCUAUGGAUAUGGCAUGCCAGCGUACAUGAAUAAUCAGGUGCCGGUGAACGGCCAGGUGCAGAACUAUCCUCCCGCCCCAUCUUACGGCGGCUUUCCCCCCUACGGCAACUACCGCCUGGCGGAAAGUCCGGCCAAGGGUGCUGCAUCCCGUCGGAACGGGGACAACGAAUCUUCCCAGCUGUCGCGCUUUACCAACUACCCCCUUGAGCAUUACCAGGGUGAGCUGUACGGCCUUUGCAAGGAUCAGCAUGGCUGUCGGUAUCUGCAGAGGAAGCUCGAGGAGCGUACCCCAGAACACGUCCAGUUGAUCUUCGAUGAAACUCACGUUCACGUUGUGGAGCUCAUGACUGACCCCUUCGGCAACUAUCUCUGCCAGAAACUUCUGGAGUACUCUAAUGACGAGCAGCGGACUGCUUUGAUCAACAAUGCCGCUUCCCAACUCGUUAAGAUUGCACUGAACCAGCAUGGUACCAGAGCUCUGCAGAAAAUGAUCGAGUUCAUCUCCACCCCUGAACAGACCCAGACCGUCAUCCGUUCUCUGGAGGAUCAUGUCGUGGAAUUGGUUCAGGAUUUGAACGGGAACCAUGUCAUCCAGAAGUGUCUGAACCGCCUUUCUGCCGAAGAUGCCCAGUUCAUCUACGACGCCGUUGGGGCCAAUUGCGUGGUCGUUGGCACGCACCGUCAUGGAUGCUGCGUGCUUCAGCGCUGCAUUGACCAUGCCUCUGGGGACCAGAGAGCUCGCCUGAUUGCCCAGAUUACCUCCAACGCGUUUGCUCUGGUCCAGGAUCCGUUCGGCAAUUACGUGGUGCAAUAUAUCUUGGAUCUUGCUGAACCUUCCUUCACCGAGCCUCUCUGUCAGACUUUCCGCGGCAACAUCCCUGCCCUGUCGAAGCAGAAAUUCAGCUCCAAUGUCAUCGAAAAGUGCCUCCGCACCGCCGACAACCCGGUCCGCCGUCUGAUGAUUGAUGAGAUGCUGUCCGGUGCCGAGCUGGAGAAGAUGCUGCGUGACUCGUUCGCGAACUAUGUCGUGCAGACGGCCAUGGAUUUCGCGGACGCCGACACUCGGACCAAAAUUAUCGAAUCCGUGCGUCCGAUCCUGCCCUCGAUCCGCCAGACUCCUCAUGGCCGUCGUAUCUCCGGGAAGAUGAUGGCUGCCGAAGGCUCGGGGAGGGGCAAUGCCGCGACCAAUGGCCAAGUGGAUGCCAACGAGAUGAACUCGUCCCAGCUCCCGGGACCUCUGCAAGGAUCCCAGAAAACGUUCAUGUAUCAACACACCCCGUUCUCUGUCCCCAGCGUUGGUCCCCAGUUUGGAACCCAGAACUUUGUGCCCGCCACUGGCAACGGUUCUACCGGAAACACCCCCUCGGGCGGGGCUGGUGACAACCCGGGUAUUUUUGCUCCUGCUGUUCAGUCGAAUGGCAAUCUCGGCGCUCAGAGUCAGCUGUACGCUUACUUCUGA